AUGGCAAGAGUAAGUUUCGAAAACGCGACGAAAAGCAAAGAGCUGUGUAAUCAAAUUGGCGAGUUUACACCCAAAAAUGCCUCUACCGACACCUCACCAUCGCGGUUUUUCUUUUACGACCGUACCCGACUAGUUAUUUUGGUACUGUCGACGUUAUGUCUUACAAUGCUUCAAAGUAAUACAUUGGCGCUCAAUUUCACCGUGAUCUGCAUGGAUGACGUCAUCAAUGAGCAGGGCCAUAACUCUUCUGGAGAGGUACACUGGCUUCAAUCGCCCUCUCACACCAAUGCACUAUUUUCUGCAAUAGCUAUCGGUUCACUGAUCGGAACGUUGCCGAUUAUGAUGUGUGUUGCUCGAAUUGGAAUGAGAAAAACACUGACCAUCUAUGGCGUGAAUUCGGCCAUCUCCACGUUUAUACUUCCGCUUGCGGUGGAAUGGGGAUUUGUGUACGUGUUGAUUGUCCGUUUUCUACAGGGUUUUUCAAUCGGUAUCACAUUAUCAGCAUUGGGUGCUGUAGCAUCACAAUGGUCCCGACUCAAGGAAUCGGGCACUUAUAUAGCGAUCCUUUCAACCCAUGUUCAACUUUGCUCGAUUAUCACAAUGCCACUGGCCGGAAUCAUAUGUGAAAGUUCAUAUGGCUGGAGAUCGCUCUACUACCUUCAAGGACUGUUCACACUUCUACUUUUCAUCGUCUUCUGCUAUUUCUUCCAAGAUUCCCCAGCUCUUCACAGCAAUGUAAGCGAAAAAGAGUUGGCUAAAAUCCAACUUGAUAAGACCGAUGCUGAUUCAUUUACACAAGAGCCGGUGCUGCAUUUCGAAGUGAAAUCUACUGGUUUUGCCACAGCAUUACCGUAUUUACUAUCUGCAGCCGUGAAAAUAGCUGCCGGUCCUAUUUCGGAUCGCAGUGUUUGCAUUUCGGAACGAAUACGAGUAAUUAUAUUCGGAUCUAUUUCCCAGGGUUGCAUGGCUAUUUGCUUUUUCGCAUUGGCAUUCACGGAUUCUCCCCACUUCGCUCAAGCUCUCUAUACCAGUGCAGUUGUAUUCAGUGGACUCAAUGUGGUAGGAGCAGUCAAGUGCGCUCAGCUGAGAGCUCGCCAGCAUGUGCACUUCGUUAUGGCAGUACUGUCGGGAAUCGGUUGUAUAAUUACACUUCUACUUCCCGUAUUUGUUACACUUGUCUGCCCGGAUAACACUCAAGCACAGUGGUCUCGGUUGUUCCUCGGAAUAACUGUUAUCGUGGUAGUUAUGAAUCUACCGUUUGUAUUUGUGGCUCAAACGGAACCUGCACCAUGGACUGUUCCUGGAUUUGCAGCAUCCCUGUCGAAGAAAAUUUCCAACGAAACGAAAUUACCCGCCGUAUUCCAUGUCGAGGUAUUGCCAGGUAUGGAAAAACCAUGUGACACACGUGAAAAUCUGAAUAGUACUCCAAAAGUUUAUUGA